UUUGAUAGUGUGGCUAAAGUUGCGGCCAUCGCUUCGAUGUGUGUACAACCAGAGGUUUCAGAUCGUCCUUUCAUGGGCGAGGUUGUUCAGGCUUUAAAACUUGUGUGUAAUGAAUGUGAUGAAGCAAAAGAGGCAGGUUCAACAAGUUCUAGCAAAGACGAUUUAUCUUCUGAUUUCAAUGCUGCUUCUGAACAACAAUCCAAUAAUUUCCAAAGCCAUUUCACAGCGGGUAACUAUGAUUUCGGAGUUGAUAUCGAAAAUGAAUUGUCAACGUCAGAGAUAUUCAGCUCAUCAGCAAGAUUUGGAAGGCAAGUAUCUGGAUCAUUUAGAAGACAUUCAUAUUCCGGUCCUCUAAGAACUGUAAGAAGCAAGCGGUUAUGGCAGAUAAUUUGAAAGCUUUCUGGAGGUACUGUUAGUGAACACGGGGAUAUGUUCAAGUAAGCGCCACGUCUUGA